UCUUAGCAGCUCCAGGCCCAGCAGUUUCCAGACAGAUCACAACCAUGGCAGUCCUGGGCGCCACACUGCUGUCCCUGUGCCUGGGCACACUGCUCAUUUCUGCCAGCUCUGCAGAUUCUCCUGACAGAUGCAUGUUCUUCAGCACAGUCUUCCCCACCACCGGGCCGGGCAUCAAGAUCAAUUCAAACAUCUAUGAAAGCAACAGAGUCUACACAAUAUCGGUGCCUGUGAACAACAUCACCAACUCUGUGGUCCUGCGAGCGGUGGACACCAACAACAACAGCUCAAUAGGCUUCUGGAACAGAGCAGACCAGUAUUGCAACGGCAGCGUCCUCUAUCACGUGAGGGACACACGUGAAGGUUCCUUCAAGGCCAACUGGCAAUCUCCUCAUUCCACGAACAUUACAGUGGAGAUACAAGCCUUCGUUAUCAAUUUCUACAGAGUGGCCACCUUUUCUUAUCUGAAACUGGAAAAACAAGCAAUGAUCACCUCGUCACCCUCCAUGACCUCCAUGACCAGGCAGACCACGACCCAAAGCCCAACGACAAACCGAAUCCAAACCACAGCCCGAAGCCCAACAACAAACCGAAUCCUAACCACAGCCCAAACCGCAGCCUCAACUCUAACCACAACCAAAAGCUUCGCCAACAGAAUCUUCCUCAGCCCCAUCACAGAUGCCAUCCAGAUCCUGCUCGUCUUCCUCACCAGCAAACUCCUCUUCUAGAAAGAUGCUAAGGAAACCAUUGUUCCUGCCUCUGCUACAUCCUCCUGCGUUCAGUUCCAAGCCAGGGCUCCGUCAUGUGUGUGAAUGAAGGCCUCAUGUUCUCAAAUGUACAACUCUCCUGCCAUUGCUUUAGACCAAAAAGGAGACUUGGUUGAGAGUAGCCAGCUCACUCACUAGUGGACUUGGGGCACACAGAUGUUCAACUAAAUCUUUCAGGCUUUUUGUAACUACUUAGAGCUGGUCUGGGGGUAACCUGGAAUUCUGGCUGUAGGUUUAACAUGUUGACAGCCAGUUCCAUCGCCAGUCUAAACUUUUGUUCAUUCCCAAAUGAUUCCCCUGAGUCUCUGUGGGAAGAACCUUUCCUCACUUUCAAGAUGAUCUCCGAUUUCUGGCCAAACCCACCCAGGUUACACAGAGUGUGUUGACUCAUGUGACUCAGCAGGAAAGGAGAAGCAACCCUCAUUCUGCCGGCAACACCAGUAGCAUUAGAAGGGCAAGGAAAUAGGAAUGUACCAUGUCUGAGCAGCCAAAAAUAGGGACAGAUUAUGGAUAAAGGCAUUAUUUUCUAUGUCAUACCAAAAAAAACUAUAUUCCAAACAAGAACAAUGUGUUAAACUCAAAUUCUUUAAUAAGUGAUUAUCUUAAAAUACAGAGAAUGUUAUCUAAUUUUAUUCAUUUGUGCAAGCAUUAAAAAUUUAAUAAAAUGAUGAAAGUA